GCGGCGAGGAGUACUUGGGCAUCGAGUCGAUCGACGAGACGCUGCUCAUCUCCGUCUUGGACGCUAGUGGACCAGGACUCGAUGUCGUCGAGGUCGUGUUCGAGGAGAACGAGGCACUCGACUCGAUCGAGCUUGCGUUCGUGCCUCGCCGAGCACGGCCGCUAUGCGCGACGAAGCUCGUCGGCGCGUUCUUCUUGGCGAAGAAGUGUGUCUCGCCCUGAAGAGAGGUGUGAGUGGUUGUGCAGUCGACACCUGGCCAAUCAGCUCACCGAAGUUGGCGGGCGUGGACGCGAGAUGGACGUCGAGACGACGCUGCCCGAGCGUUCCGACUCGCCGCUGGUCCGUCUCGAGCCAGUGUCGCUCUCCCAUCCGCUGGUCGACCUUGGCGAGUCACCAGCGUAGGUGCUACCAGCCCGAUACGCAUCGAUCGCCGCACGCGUCACAAGCGACGCCUGCGACGUCUUGUGCGAAAGAGCAGGCGGUGGCGAGAGUGUCAGGCCCGUCAUGGAGAGCUGCGAGGCGUUGGAGAGGGUGCGUUGCCGGACGAAGCGCGCUGCAAUGGGAGGCGCAUCCGCCAAGUCGUCGUCGUUCAUCAGCGAAGGCACCUCGGUCGUGGGGCUUGCGGUCUUCUUGCUACGCGCAGGCUGCGGCGUCGGACUGCCGCUGCGCUGCAGUUGCGUCACGUCGCCGCUCUCAAAGGCACCUCGCAGCGUCGCCACGCUAGCUGCAGAGGCGCGCUUGUCGCCGCCGCCGACGAGACCUUUGAGCGUGAGGAUGCUGGCACGCUUGUUGCCUCCAGGCCGAGAAGAGGCCCAGUCCUGCGUCGGCGACUCGAGCGAAGUGAUGCUGUUCUGGCGCGAAGUGUACGGACUCGACGUCCAGCCCGUCGGACUGAUCGCCUGGUGCUUCGGCACGCGCUGCCGUGGUCGCU